ACAACAGCAGCAGCAGCAGCAGCAGCACCAGUACACCACCACCACCCUGCCAUUGCUGCUCCUCAGGAUGACGAUCACUACAUGUACCAUCAACACCACCAACAGCAACAACAAUUGUAUGAGCGUCAUGACCACCAUGACUACCACCGGUCAAACAAUGGUUUAGCUGGAGGUGUAUAUUCUCCAAGACGGCCACCUCCACCACCACUGCCUCACCUACACCACCAUGCUACUUCACAACCGUACCAUGUCCACCAUCACAUUCAACAGCAGCAACCACCUCUACCACCGCAUUCCUUGCCUCCGCGACCUCAAGCGUUACAGCAACAACCGUCUUCGUCUUCUUCGUCGUCGUCGUCGUCACUGCAGCAGCAGCCAAUUAAUACUACGACUGUCAUUGAUGAACAACACCGCUAUUCUACUACUAAUGCCGCUGGUUCCAAUGCUGCUGCUGCUGCUGCUGCAAACACGACUACUCAUACUAUAACGACGGCAACGACAGCAACCGCGAAUAAUAAUAAUAAUAAUGGUAAUAAUAACGGUCUAUAUCUCAGCGAAGCAGACGAGUCUGAGGCGUGGUAUGAAGGACAUACUGAAGGUGCGACGGACAGCAGGAAACAGAAGAAGCGAAAAGAAUACAGCACACGCCUAGACAAGAUUAAUCUGGAUUUCAUGGACAAUAAGGAUCGAAUUUAUGCGGACAAAUCAAAUGCGAUUCAAAAAGAAAUCAAGCAAGUCCAUAAUCAUACGCAUACAUCGUACGUCGAAGGUGUUGCUGAGUUAGAAAGGGUACGGACAACGACGAUCAAGGAAGGCCGCUUGUUUCAACAAUACCAAGAGCAAGUAACCGACACUCAAUUCAAGCAAGAAAUAAGCCAUGCUGAGGAAGAGUACAUGGCUGAAAAGCAAGAAAUGCGCGAAAAGCUGUUUGCGACCCUCGAAGAAAAACGGCGCAAGCUUAAAGAAGAAAAGGACAACUGUGAACUUGCAUACGACAUGGCGAUGGAGUCGCAAGCAAGAAUGCUCAAGCGAACAUUGCGGAAACGCGGUUUAGAACAAGUUGAUAGCAAAUCCAUUAAGCGGAAGCAGCUGUCUGGCCCGGCGCUCGUGUUCAGACUCAAGGACCAUGAUUUACAAUCCGAUUUUCAAGCUAUGCAAAUCGAAGCAUUAGCGACGACGCCUACGACGAGCAAAAAAGCAGCCAAUGCAAACAAAAAGAAGUAGUAGUGGAUAUACCUUUGUUCUGUCUU